GCAACCACUUCCUUGUUCCUGCUGCUCCCAGCUCAAAGAUGGCAGUGUAGGGACGGAGAUGAGCGAAGACAACAUUGUACAUGUUCUGUCCUGAAAGCGGACGCGGAUGUGCAGCCGUUAAAUGCGUGGUUUUGACAGGACGGUGAUAUUGUUUGUCACGUCCAAUGUUUCGUACGACGAAGACAAUCACAGGCUUCAGAAAUACCAUGUUCCCCAUGGGGCUAAGCUAGCGAGUAACGAUUAGCAAAUAAAUUAACGUGUCUCUUCUAUCACACGAGAAGAAAGCAGUGACGGUCUAUCGACAUCUUGCACAUCCAGUUUCAUCAUGGCCAUCACUCAGUUCCGUCUCUUCAAGAUCUGCACAUGUCUAGCCAGUUUGCUGGCUUUCUUUAAGAGGUUAAUAUGCAGGAGUGGAAGGGGGCGCAAGCUCAGUGGUGAUCAAAUAACUCUCCCAACAACAGUGGAUUUUUCAUCAUCAGGACCAAAACAGCCAGAGAUUGAAGAAUGGAGCUCUUGGGAUGAAGACGCUCCCACUAGUAUUAAGAUUGAAGGUGGUAACGGAAGUGUUUCCCCUCCGCUCAACGAUGGUGACGAAGAGCCCGACUUCUUCAAAGACAUGGCCCCUACCAUCAGGAAAACACAGAAGAUCCUGCUGAAGAAACGGGAGCCUCUGAACUACCUGGUGCCUGAUGGCUCAGCAGGAUUCUCCAGCAGACUGGCAGCCUCUCAGGAUAUGAUGAACUUCAGUCCACCCUCUGGCGAGCUUGGAGAAAUGGACAAUUGGCAGGAGAACACAAACGCCUGGGAGGAAGAGUCCGAUGCUGCCUGGGAAGCAGAGGAGGUGCUCAGACAACAGAAGAUGGCUGAGAGAGAAAAGCGGUCCAUGGAGCAGCAAAGGAAGAAGAUCGAGAAAGAUGCUCAGAGGAUGAUGAAAAAGGAUCAGAAGAUUGCCGUCAAGCUCUCGUAACAUUUUAGUGAUGCUCAGGUUUGAGCCAGAGUGAGAAGGAGUGAAAAAAAGACUGUUAAUUUAUCUCUGAAGUCAUCAAACAGACCAGGAUUAUCACCGUCACUACUCAUCUGUUAGCAAAGCAUUCCCCUCCACCCUGUUUCCACCAGCAGCCAUUUUAGUCCGCAGACAUGUACAUUGCAUUCCUCAUUCUCCAGGGCAGAUAAGGUCGAGGUUACUCUGGACUUCAAGCGAGAUUUGUUUUUAUACGAUCCCGUACAUUAUAGCUUAAAAGGAUAGAUGCAGCAUUAGAAGGCAACAUUAAAAUUCUGAUUACAAUUGUUUAGUAGCAUAGAAAACUGUUAUAUUCUGUUUUUUCCCCCUGGAACAUCUGUAAAUAAACUGGUACCUAUGCUACCUUUUCAACCUCAAUUAAAAUUAUUUUUCUUUGUCUUAAUUAUAACCUAAAAAGACAAAGGAGUGUUAUUACUUUUAAGCAUCACUGUAUACCAGUGACAACCCUUUGUUUGCUUGAUUAAUGUGUUUUUAUACUUAUGUCUGUCAUUGACUAAAAACUGAUUAUUUCCCCCCCUAAUGAAUGUUGCUUGAUAUGCUGUGCAGCCAUUACUACAAUGAAAAUCUGCAUUGAACUGAAGGCUGAAGAUUUGCAAUACAAGUGGAUAAAUGAAUAUAGACUUGAAUCUAGCCCAUGUUACGCUGUAGGUUCCUAUGGUAAUCUCAUGGCUUCUGACAUUAAGGACUAAUUCUCCUCUGUCAGCUAUGGAUAUCGGAAAGUAUCACCUGAUCAUUUAUUGAUAUGUUUUUCCUCGGUGAAGGGAACAUUAUUCUUAAAUACACUCUUAAUAAAACAUGUCUUACCCUCUCAGUUAUAUCUCAGACCAGUUACCGUGUUCAAUAUGAAUUGAAAACAGUGUUGAAAAAAUUACUUCUGCUGCUGUGGAUGCUGUUGUCAUGGAAACAACAACAAAGUAUGGAGAAAGGCCUUUAUAAUUUGAAAUGUGCAUACAUGAUGGAGUGUGCCUGCGGUCCAUGCCUUUGAAUAGGUGGAGGAAGACAUAUCUCUUUCCUAAUGUUCCACUGACGGAAGCUUUGGAAGCAGUGUGAUGUCACACUUCUAACAAGACACUGAGUUAAUCUAUCAAAGGAUUUAUUGACCUGCUUUAAGCUGCUGAUUCUUGGAGAACAGGGCCGAUUAGUGCAUGAUCAGGUUGAAGACUUUAAUAAAAGGGUUUGUUUUACGGGAAUUUGACCAACCGUGGAUUAGUGUUAACUUUAAAAAUGUUCCUUUUCCAACAAUUUCCAAAAGCAGCUGUUCUGUUUUGUCCAUUUGCACUUUGAAUUUUUCCAAAAAUGAAUUACACAGAACUUUUUGCCUCAUCUCCCUUUUUCCAUUAUGUAUGACUUUGUGUUAUUAAAAAACAGUAAUGGUUCAGGACACAUACUCUGAAGCAAUGAUUCUGCCAGCUCAAUCAAGAAGGUCUGGCAGAUUGUGUACCUGCUGUGUUCGUCCUACACAGGUUUUUAAUAAGGAUAAUUUGGUUCAUACCUCUUGAGGUG